CUGCACGGAGACACAUGUCCUAAAUCCUGCUGCUCCCUAACAUCGAUCUACUCGUCCGGACGAAAGGAUUGUCGAUCCGAUGACAAGAUUUAUAAGAAGCCGAGUUGACAAGACUUGUCAGCUGUUGAAGAAACGGAACCCGAUGAUGCUUUUUAGCGGAGAAAGUCGGAUACGCUGCGUCAUGAUGUAACAUCUUGUCAGAGGAGCUUUCAUCAUGGCGGACGGCUAACUUAGCACACGAGCUAGCUUAGCUUAGCUUAGCUUAGCGAGUCUUUCCGCUCGCUUUCCCUGCUGUGAAACUCGACUCCGACCAAGCAUGGUGUCGAUAAUGAAGCUUUCCACAACCAUCUGGUUUUGCCGGUUGCUCUAAUGAUCUCAUGGAGAGAACAGAUUUCGAGGGGUGGCUGGAGUCAAUCUCAGCCACUUUUCUUACGCUGAACGACCAGCAGCGGAACCAGUCUUUGGACCACCUUAUAUCCCUCAGCGGCGCCGCCCAGCUCCGCCACCUGUCCAAUGGAUUGGAGGCCCUGCUCAAACGAGACUUCCUGCGACUUCUGCCUCUGGAGCUGGCCUUCUACUUGCUGCGCUGGUUAGAUCCGCAGACUUUACUCACCUGCUGCCUCGUGUGCAAGCAAUGGAAUAAAGUGAUAAACUCGUGCAUGGAGGUGUGGCAGAAUGCUUGUCAUGAGCUCGGCUGGAGGAUUGAUGAGUCCAUUCAGGAUGCGUCCCAUUGGAAGGGUGUCUACAUCAAGGCCAAGCUGCGAAUGAUGCAGCUGAAGGACCAGAAGGCCUUUGAGACGUCCUCCCUGAUUGGCCACAGCGCUCGAGUGUAUGCGCUCUACUAUAAGGAUGGUCUGCUCUGUACAGGAUCCGAUGAUCUCUCUGCCAAAUUAUGGGAUGUUCGCACUGGGCAGUGUAUUUACGGGAUUCAGACUCACACCUGUGCCACAGUGAAGUUUGACGAACAGAAGCUGGUGACUGGGUCCUUUGACAACACUGUUGCAUGCUGGGAGUGGAGCACAGGGGCCAAAAUCCAGCAGUUCCGUGGUCACACCGGAGCAGUUUUCAGCGUGGACUACAAUGAUGAACUGGACAUGCUGGUCAGCGGCUCCGCGGACUUCACCGUGAAGGUCUGGGCUUUGGCAGCCGGCGCCUGUCUCAACACUCUGACUGGACACACCGAAUGGGUUACCAAGGUGAUACUACAGAAAAGUGAAGUGGAGUCGAUGGUGCACAGUCCUGGUGAUUAUAUCCUCCUAAGUGCUGACAAGUAUGAAAUUAAGGUCUGGCCUUUAGGAAAAGAAAUCAACUGUAAGUGCUUAAAGACCCUGUCCGUGUCGGAGAACCGCAGCAUCAGCCUUCAACCUCGUUUGCAGUUUGACGGCCGCUACAUCGUCUGUAGCUCAGACCUCGGAGUUUAUCAGUGGGACUUUGCCAGUUUUGAGAUUCUCAGGGUGAUCAAAUCCCAGGACCCGGCCAACCUGUCUUUGCUCAGCUUCGGCGAGGUCUUCGCCCUCCUUUUUGACAACCAUUUCCUCUACGUGAUGGAUCUCAGGACAGAGUCCAUUUCGGGUCGCUGGCCCCUGCCACCUUACAGGAAAUCGAAACGCGGGUCCAGUUUCCUGGCCGGUGUUACGUCUUGGCUCAACGGCCUGGAUGGAGACAAUGAUUCUGGACUUGUGUUUGCCACGAGCAUGCCGGACCACAGUAUCCACUUAGUACUAUGGAAGGAAAACAUGCAUCAAACCUGACGCCGGGACGGAACGGAACGGGACGGGACAAUUUUAUUUUAAAUUUUUUGGUCCGAUCAGAAAAGACUGGAGAUUUCUUGGACUGGAAUAUCAAAGUUCCACAUAAACCACUCUUUUGUAUUAAAUGUGUGUAAUGUAAAGGCAAGUCAUAAUGCUUUUGUGUUCUUAUUGGUUGGCUCAGAACAUUAAAAUAAUAAUCAUAUUGCUGACUUUUAUCAUAUAGCUUGUCAUUUUUUUUAUUGUGAAUUACAAUCCAUGUCCAAAAUAAGUAAGAUUUACUAGCCUAAUAGCCAACAAAGACAACAUUUUUACUUUAUUUUACUUUUAUUUUACCAAUAAAAGUUUCUAAUGGUGAAAUCCAAGUGACUUGAUAAUAAGCCAGUGCCUCACUAAUACUGCAAUACUACAAUACCACCCCGAGAAGAAAUACUACGUUAGAAAACACAGAUACUCUGCAAAAGCUGAAUAAUCUUUUAUUAUUAUUAUUAUUAUUUUUUUUUUUAUUUUUUUUUUACUCCAAUGCAUGUAAACAUGACAACGGAUGACACAACAUAAAUUUCGAAAAAAAAUG